AUGGCUUGGCUGUUGGCACGUGUGCACAGCCUGCAUUUAGACAUAAUGUACUCUCUAAAUGACUGUUUUUAUUCCUCCUCCAAACAGAAACUGGGUGAAGGACUAGCAAAGCUGAGGACAGCGAGAGAGGCUCCCUCAGACUGCAUGUGCCCCCCAGGCCCUCCAGGGAGGCGAGGGAAGCCCGGCCGGCGUGGAGAACCCGGACCUGCAGGGCAGUCAGGACGUGAUGGUUACCCGGGGCCUCUUGGUUUGGAUGGCAAACCAGGACCUCCAGGACCAAAAGGGGAAAAGGGUGAAGCAGGGGACGUCGGCCCAAGGGGUUUCAAAGGCGAGCCAGGAGAGGAAGGACUCAUGGGUGCCAGAGGACCUCCAGGACCAAAGGGUGAGCCAGGAGUCCAAGGGAAAAAGGGUGAUGAUGGGAUCCCUGGAGAACCAGGACUUGUGGGCCCUAAGGGAGAAAAAGGAAGCGUGGGUCCCAAGGGAGAGAAUGGCACCGAUGGCUUCCCAGGACCCAAGGGUGAAUCCGGUGAGAAGGGAGGAGUUGGCUCCAUUGGACCCCGGGGUCCCCCUGGCCUGAAAGGGGAACAGGGCGACACGGUCGUGAUCGACUACGAUGGCCGGAUCCUGGAUGCACUCAAGGGUCCACCGGGUCCCCCAGGGCCACCAGGCCCCCAAGGCACUCCAGGUCCCAAGGGAGAGCUGGGCUUGCCGGGCCCACCUGGACUGGACGGUGAAAAGGGUCCCAAAGGAGCAAAGGGUGACCAGGGCAGUGCGGGGAUCACGGGGCAGAAAGGAGAGACAGGAGAAAUGGGCUUAGCGGGUCCACCGGGAGCAGAAGGGCCAAAAGGAGACAAAGGAGAAAAAGGAGACACCGGCUCACCAUGUCUGCAGAACAAUCAUAUCAUACCUGAGCCUGGACCCCCUGGAUUACCCGGCCCUAUGGGCCCUCCAGGAAUCCAGGGACCUAAAGGUUUGGACGGUGCAAAGGGAGAAAAAGGUGACACUGGUGAGAAGGGGGACCACGGUGACACUGGACCCGCUGGUCUCCCGGGCGCUCCAGGGCUCAUUGGUUUACCUGGUACCAAAGGAGAGAAGGGAAAGCCGGGGGAGCCAGGAUUGGAUGGUUUCCCAGGUCUCAGAGGAGAGAAAGGAGAGAGAAGUGAAAGAGGCGAGAAGGGUGAGCGAGGAAUACCAGGGAGAAAAGGAGCCAAGGGGCAGAAGGGGGAACCAGGCCCCCCUGGACUGGAUCAGCCUUGUCCUGUGGGAGAUCAUAGCAUUGCAGGCAGCAAAAGGGAGCCAGGUUUGCCAGGCCUGGAUGGGCUGAGCGUGCCCUGCCCUUUGGUACAGUAUCUGCUCUCUCUCUUUCUUGCAUGACUUGUUGUGUGUGUUCCUGCUGUGGCCAAGCCCUGUCCUGAGAAGCAAAUCCCUCCAGGGAGAGGAAGGACACAAGGCAGCAGGGCUGGAACGAGAUGUUUCACUUGGGCAUUUGGGGAAGGAUGCCAAUGUCUUGUUCCUGCUUCCUCCCAGUUAAAAUGACUUUAGAUAAGGAGUGUAAACCAUGGGAGAUCACGUAGAGGAUGCUGGUCCCUUCAUGGCAACAGAUGCUCAAAGUUAGCUACGGUUUCUCUCAGCACCUGUGGCCCAGUUUGGUUCCCCUCGUGCUGGUGCAGCCCUGUGAGUCCCAUUCCCAGCUGAGAUUUGAAAAGCUUCCCUCAAAUGAAGGGGCAGCCCUGCAGAGCAGGGUCACCAGCACUCUGGGCAUCAGAAGGACUUCGCUGUGUCAGCACAGAGCUCAGGUUGGGUCCAGUGGUUAUGCAGGAAGGUUCGUGCUCUCCUCCCCAAAAGGGCUCUGCUCAACUAGUCAUUGUUUUAUUUUCAUUUUUUUUAACCAUAGAAAAUGCUACAUGUCAGAUGAUUUGCAGUUGUCCUCAGAGAAACAAAAGGGCAGUAAGCUGUUUCUCUUUCAAAAAGUUAAAUUACUUUCAGAUGUGUCAAAGAAACCAAUUCCUAACAGCAGGCCCGCUCCAACUCUCCAUAUUUACUCCCCAGAGAUGUUCUAUUCACCAAGCAUCUCCCAUCUUAACUGUACAGAAAACACAGGACCUCUCUGUAUUGAAGGCACUGUAAACUGCAGUAGGUGAUUUCUCCAAGAUGUAACUACAACAUGACCAGUUAGUAAAGCCCUUGCACAUCUCCCUGUUUGUGUAUAUGAAGGGCAGUUGCAUGUUGGUUGGAAUGGUGACUUUGUUCUCCACCCCACCGUGUGGUGGAGGCUUUCUGGGCUCUCAGUGACGGCUUUUAGUCCAGGAGCAUCAGCACGAGCCUUACACACAGGCCACAAAGCUCUUUUUAAGUUGACAAGUCAUUUUGGAAUCACUGGAGUGAAACGUGGUAGAAAGGCUGGAGUUUUAUGAUGGCCAAAGUUAAGUAUUUUGAGGAAGGAGAAAAAAACGGGGCAGAAAUCAACUCUGUGACCAUCCAUGUUAGGGUGUGCUUUAACAGCAAGUCAGGAUGUUUCUUGGUCAAAUGACUGCUCUGCAACUUGUCCCCUGUACCCUUCA